GUUCAGUAAGCGUUCGCGUUUCUAUUUAUAAACAAGUAUGUUCGUCUACAAAUUUUUCCAAAUGCUAACCACGUGUCGAACAUAACCUUUGAGUUUUCGAAAUCUAAUGGUGUGAUAGUGUUGUGCUACAAUGUCUGAUUUCGGUACGUACGGCAACGGCGGCGGUGGUGACUGUUACAAACACUGUGACGAUACUGACCUUUAUCAUCAAGUAGUAGUGCUGUCAAAGCCUGACGGCACCGGUAUUAGAAGUCACGCUAACGGGGGCGGCUGUGGUAUGGAUAACGGCCGGUACAGUGCCGAACAGAUUCAGCACCAUCAACCCUAUUUGGUCGACGGUGGCGACAUACACCAGCGACGAAGACACCGGUCAUUUUGGUGCAGAACGACAACAUUGGCAACAAUUAGCGCGUUAUUGGCAACUAUGUUUUGUGUCACGUGUGCGAUUUUAUUUUACUAUAACUAUAUUUUAAACUGGUCACCAAAAACAGUAGCAUUGCAAGUGGGAAGAAAUGAACUUUGCAAAACAAUUGUCUGUUCUAAGGGCCAACAUUGUGUGAUAGAUAAGCUUGGUGGAGCUCGUUGUGAAUGUUAUUCAGAAAUUGAAUGUUUAAAAAGUAAUGAAAACGAAAUCGUUUGUGGAAGUGAUUUUCAAGAAUAUUCAAAUAUAUGUUAUAUGAAGAGAGAAGUGUGUUUACUCAAUAAAAACAUAGUUGUAAAAUACAAAGGACCUUGUGAUCCAUGUAGACACCUUACUUGUGAAGAUCCUGAAAUAUGCCGUCUUGAUUACAAUAGACAACCUAGAUGCGUUUGCUCUGAAUUUUGUAAUGAAGACUUCAAUCCAAUUUGUGGAUCUGAUGGCAAAACAUAUGCUAAUGAAUGUUUUUUACGGCGACAGGCAUGUAGAAUGAUGCCAGACCUUCGAAUUAUCUUCCACGGAGAUUGUGAUCAAGGUAUUAAUCCUUGCAUAAAUGUCACAUGUUGGCACGGAUCUCAUUGUAAAAUUAAUAGACUAGGUAUUUCUGAAUGUUUAUGUCCAGAACCAACUUUAUGUGAGGAUUCUGUCCAACCAAUCUGUGGUACUGAUGGUCUUACUUAUGAAUCAAAAUGUCACCUAAAUCGAAUUAAUUGCAUUUCUAAAUCAGAUAUUAAAAUGGCAUAUGAAGGACCUUGUGGCGAAACAAAUCUCUGUAAAAAAUAUUUUUGUGAUUUUGGAGCUACAUGUAAAUUAAAAAAUGGAGUAACGAGCUGUGAGUGUUCUUUAUGUUCUGAACACUAUGAACCAGUAUGUGGUUCAGAUAGUAAUACGUACAGCAAUGAAUGUAAAUUAAAGUACCAUAAUUGUCGCAAAAAGAAAGCAAUACAUGUAAUUCAUAAAGGAGCUUGUAGCGAUUGCUCACAAAUGAAUUGCGAGUAUUAUUCUGUAUGUGAAAGUGAUGGAUCUAAAGCAAAAUGUGUUUGUCCAACAUUCAAAUGUUCAAAUACAAGCGGUAAAGUUUGUGGUUCCGACGGUAUCACGUACACAGACCUUUGUCAUCUACAAAAUGCCAGUUGUGCAACAAGGAAGAAGAUAUUCGUUGCUCAUGCGGGUGAAUGCGGGUCUUAUCAGGAUCAGAAAUACAAUUGUUCUAAAACAUGUGUGGAUACAAAUUCAUCUGAACCUGUUUGUGGAUCUGAUUUAAUUACUUAUAACAGUGAAUGUGAACUUUUCCAACAAGCUUGCAUUCAAAAUAGUACGCAUAACUUAACAAUUCUUUUCUAUGGAGAUUGUAAAGAAUCUUCAUCCAUAGGUAAAAUGUCAACAACACACGUUUCGUUAGAAAAUACUGUUUAUGGAAAUAAAGACGUUUGUAAAGACAUAAAAUGUGAUUUUGAUGCUACCUGUGAAGUCGGCCCAGACGGCUUCCCAAGAUGUUCUUGUUUAUUUAAUUGCUCAAAUAAUAAUUAUCCGGUGUGCAGUUCUGACUUCAGAAUUUAUAAUUCACUAUGUCUUAUGAAAAUGGAAGGAUGUCAGAGACAGCAUGAACUUCGUCUGAGACCUAUGGACUUAUGUCAAGGUAUGGAAGUAAAACCAUGUAAUGGUAAGAAACCAUUAAUUAAUCCUUUUGACGGGCGUGAGUUAGAUUGUGGGAAUGGGUCAAAUAGACAAGAUUGUCCAUCGGACAGUUACUGUCACCAAACUUCUAGAUUUGCAAAAUGUUGUGAUAAAUUAGAAAGAGAUGUGAUAAUUUUACCACUGGCUUGUCAAAAUACAUCAUACGGAUGUUGUCUAGACAAGAAAACACCAGCCCAGGGUCCAAAUUUUUUAGGAUGCCCACCAUUGUGUACAUGUAACAAAUUGGGAUCACUAUACGAAGAUUGCGUCGACGGUAAAUGUAUUUGUAAAUCAGGAGUUGGAGGAGAAAAAUGUGAUAGAUGUGAACCUGGAUACUGGGGUUUACCGAAAAUAUCAUCUAGUCAUCUUGGAUGCAUGCCAUGUGGCUGUUCUUUAUUGGGUUCGGUUCGAGAUGAUUGUGAACAAAUGACUGGUCGAUGCGUAUGCAAACCAGGGGCCAUCGGAGCCAAAUGUAAUGCUUGUGAAGAUAAUUCUAAAAUUAUGAGUCCUGCUGGAUGUAUAUCAGCCGAUAUGGCUCAGCGAAAUUUAACAUCCUGUGAUCAAUUGAUGUGUUAUUAUGGAGGGUUCUGUGAAAUGAAUAACGGGAAACCAUCAUGUAUUUGUCGUUCUACUUGUGCUGAAGAUGCUACGCGUACCACGCUGGUUUGUGGAAGUGAUGGACAAACAUAUAGUUCAGAAUGCCAACUAAAACUUUAUGCGUGUCGAUAUCAAAAAGACAUUGUGGUUAAAUCACAUACAUCAUGUAAAGGUAUCUACGUUGAAGAAGAAAAUAAUAUUGUCGGGACGGAAGAGCCUAAAUUCACACAAUCGCAUGACGUUAUUAUAUCCAAAUCGACAAGACAUUUAUUAUUUUCUGAGUUUCCAAAAGUGUCAUAUAAUACUUCAGGUAACUAUGAGAUUGAAUUCAUACCAGAAGUUCAAGAUUUAAUGGGAAGAACUACACCGGAACCGACUGAUCGUAUUUCUCUAUGCAACCCAAAUCCGUGCCAAAAUGGUGGAGAAUGUGAAGAAUUAGAUAUUGAUGGUUAUCAAUGUAAUUGUCUCUAUCCUUAUAGUGGUACAACAUGUUCUAAAAUGGAUGAAAUUAAAGACAUUAAAUCUGCUGCAUUCAAUGGGCAUUCUUAUGUUCAAUUAAAAAAACUAAAAGCUUACCACCGAUUCAGUUUAGAAAUGGAAUUUAAGAGCUAUUCUGGAGAUGGUAUUCUUUUGUAUAAUCAACAAAGACCAGAUGGAUCUGGAGAUUUCAUAUCAAUAGCUAUAGUUAACAAAUUUGUUGAAUUUAAAUAUAAUCUUGGCAAUGGAGCUGUAAUUUUAACAUCUUUACAUCCAAUAAUUAUCGGUCGUAAACAUAAAAUCAUAGCCAAACGUUACCAGAGAGAUGGUCUACUACAGUUUGAAGAUUAUGAACCAGUUCGUUCAGUUUCAAUGGGAUCGUUGAGAUCAUUAGAUUUAAAUGAUAACGCUUAUGUAGGAUAUGUUCCAAUACCACAUAAAAAGGUUUUUGAAAAUAUUGGAGUAAAAUCAGGUUUAACUGGGUGUAUAUCAAACUUGAAAAUUGGUCGAUAUAUAGUAAAUUUAUUGGGGUUUGAAGAUAGUGAUAUAAUAACAAGAUCAGAAGGUGUUACAGAAUGUCAGAAAAGUUGUAUAAAUGGUACUUGUGGCUGCGCUGACAAAGUGUGUUAUGAUAAUAUGGCUUGCUCUUCAGAGCCAUGCAGUUUUGGAUCUACAUGUGAGAGCUUACCAGGUGGUAGAUAUGCUUGUUUUUGCUUACCUGGUCUGACUGGAACUAAUUGUGAUAAAUUUGAAUAUGAUCUAGAAAAAUAUUACUCACCAGAAUUCAGUGGAAAAAAUUCAUAUAUCGCCUUGCCAUUAUUUGAGGAUCUUCGAAGACAUACUCAAAUUGAAAUUUGGUUUGGCUCUGUAUCGAAUUCAGGUUUAUUAUUGUACAGUGGACAAUCUGCUAGAGGACAAGGAGAUUUUAUUGCCGUUUACUUAUUAGAUGGCCGAGUCAUCUUGUCCUAUGAUUUAGGCAGUGGAAAAGUUACCAUCACAACGGAAAACCGAUUUGUAAUGUCUCCAAACUGGAAUUUAUUGAAAAUAAAAAGAUUUGAUAAUCAAGCAUCUAUUCAAUUAAAUGAUGGCAAUAUCACUACGGGGCAUUCAAAUUCGCGGCUAGUUGAAUUAAAUUUAGAAUUACCUUUGUACAUCGGAGGUGUACCACCAACAGUACAGCUAAAUCAAGAAUCUUCCGUUAUUCCACCUUUUACUGGAGCAAUACAAAGAAUAGUUCUAAAUGAAAAAGCUUGUAAUCUUUCUUCAGGUUAUAGUCAAGGAAUAGAACAUUACCGAGGAGCUCCAUGUGGUUAUACUCCAUGUUUAAAUGGAGGUACAUGUUUCCCAGUUCUUUCUAGAUUUUUAUGCCAUUGUGGUCCACGCCAUUAUGGACCAUUAUGUGAACAUACGCACAACACGUUAUGAACAAUUUUUUAAUCAAAAGGUCAUUUUAUUGAAAAAUGAACAACUGAAAAUUUGAAGUAUCAAAAAUCACAUAUACCUAAAUGUGUACUAUUUAAGUUUGAAUUGUUUGUAUAUAUAUUUUUGUGGAAGUUCCUAGACAUUUUAUAAGCGAAUAAAAUUUUAAUUUUUCUGAAAUAUUUAUAUUUAGUUAACGGAUAAUUUAUAAAUAUGUAUUAUAAUUUUUGUACAU